AUGAGAGGCCCCACAUCUUGGCCCGUCGGGCUGGCGGCGGUCUCCUCGCUCGCCAGCCUCUGCGUAUCGCCGGCCAACGGCUUCUCGCCCUCCUCCAAGCUCUGGGACAGGAUCCAGAAAUCCAACAUCUUUACGGCGGAGCACGAGCUCGGCAGCCGGUCUCUCGACGACGGCGUCAGCAGCGGCUGCCCGACCGCCCUCGACCUAUGCGUCGAUGGCGCCUGUACCAACGUCACCAUCGGCAUCGACCCGCUUCACUGCGGCGCCUCACGAACCGCUUGCAAGGCAGGCGAGAUCUGCGUCGUCGGCACCUGCCGGCCGCUGAGCUUCCACGAGCCCGCGGCAUGCGGCAGCGACGACGCGCCGGGCAAGGCAGGUCGCUGGUGCCGCCGCGGGUCGUCGCUGCCCAUCGAGGUGAGCACGAGCUCGCGCGCCUGCGGCUCCCACAAGAGGAGGUGCGACCCGGGCACGCUCUGCGUCAGCGGCUUCUGCGAAAAGAUCGACCUCGGAAGCGACCCCCUGCACUGCGGCGGCAGCGGCGUCGUCUGCAGCGGCGUUCGUUCUGCGGAGGCGGGGCACGUACUGGCCUCCGAAUGGCGCCUGCCGUGCGCCCUCGGCCUCGCGUGUCGACACGGCGUCUGCGAGGAGAUCAACAUCGCGCUCGAUCCCUACAGGUGCGGCGCCCACAGCACCGUCCAGUGCCUUGCUGGCGAGACUUGCCACGGCGGGAGCUGCGACCGCAUCGCCCUCGGCUGCGGUGCUGAAGAUGGCGACGAGGGCAACGACCCUGUCGAGGCCUGCGAGAAGACGUGCGACCUCGGAAGCGUGUGCUACAACAACGAGUGCAUCCCGCUGCAUGUCGACCUCGACGUCGCCGACUGCCACGGCAAGCCGUGCGCGGCCGGCGAUGUCUGUCUCUCGGGCAUCUGUACGUCUCGUCUCGCGAGGAACGCCACUGGUCCGAUCGUUGGGUGUGCUGGUGCCCCUCCUGGGUCUGGCUCUCCUGGCGGUCAGCCCACGGAACAACCUGGCGCGUCUGCUGGUGCAUCUGGUCUGCCUGGCGGUCAGCAGCCUACUGGCGUGCCUGUAGUCCCGGGACCUGUCGGACAGCCUGGUGCCGAACAGCCUGGUCAGCCUGGUGCAGGGCAGACUGGCUCAGACCAGCCCGGCCAGCCCGGUGGCUCCAGUCCUGUUGGCGGCCCCGGUGAUCAGCCAGGCCAACCUGGAGUGACGCCUGGAGAGCCCGGUGGCUCAGGAAUCGGUGGUGGCUCGAGUGAUGGUCAGACGGGUGUAGGCGGCGGUCAACCCGCUGGCCAACUUCCGCCUGGUCAGCUUCCGCCUGGUCAGCUUCCGCCUGGUCAGCUUCCUCCUGGUCAGCUCCCCCCCGAUCAGCCGGCUCCCGGUCAGCUGCCUCCAGGUGAACUGCCGCCCGGCCAACUCCCACCAGACCAGCCAGCCCCUGGCCAGCCAGCACCUGGAGAGCCCAUGCCCGGCCAAAACCCCUCGGACCCGGGGCAACCUGGGCUGACUCCUCCAACCCAACCUGGCACCGGCCCAGAGUCCCCUGGACAAGGCCCAACUGAUCAGCAACCACCUAUUCAGAUCCCCCCCAUUCAGUCACCACCCGACCAGCAACCCCCUGAUCAGACUUUCCCUGAUCCUCAGGUUCCGGUCGAUGUGCCUCCCGGACAACAGCCUUCGGGCCAGAACCCUGGUCAAUCCCCUGGCCAGACUCCUGGUCAAUCUCCUGGCCAGAGCCCUCCCGAUCAACAAGGGCCGGGCCAAGUCCCCGCUGAUCAGCCACCCUCGACUCCAACAUCUCCGAGCGCCGGUGCCGGCGGUUCUCCCUCGGUGCCAUCCCCCGGUGGUGACUCCGGCUUCGUCAAGCUCCCACAGCCAGGCCUCCCCGGCAUGUCUACGGAUCCCAUCCAGUCACCCCCGCCACAACGUUGCCCCGGCGAGCAGGUUCUUGUUGGCACUCUCUGCAAAGACAUCUUCGGGGACCCGGAGAACUGCGGAGAGGCCUGGAACCUCUGCCCGCCCAACAACAUUUGUGUUCAGGGUGCGUGCGCGGAGAUCGACACCGGAGGUGACCCCAAGGACUGCAAUGGUGUCGAAUGUAUCUCGGGCCAGGCCUGUGUUCGAGGCCAGUGCCGACCCAUCACCAUCGGCAUCUCGGGCCCCCGGCCGUCUGAAUGUGGAUCCAACGGAUGCGGCACCGGCGAACACUGCAUCUCGGGAACGUGCGUCAAGCUCACUGGUGACCCGCAGAAGUGCGGUUCCUCGACCAACGCAUGCCCCGCGAACAACCUCUGUAUUCUCAACAAGUGUGUUCCUGUGGAUACCGGCAGGGACCCCGAGAACUGUGGCUCCGAGGGCAACGUGUGCCCGUCGGGUUCAGCUUGCGUUCGAGACGUCUGUAUCCCCAUCAACGGUGGCAGCAUUCCGCCGCCCCCGGACAAGUGCCCCUCGACCUGUGCGCCGGGCACGAUCUGCGUCGGCACCGAGUGCAAGCCCUUGCAAAAGCCCGAUCAGUGCGCAGACGGCUGUGGUACCGGAAAUGUCUGCCUCGAUGGCGCAUGCACGCCCGUCGAGAGGCCUGACGCUUGUCGACCCCUCUGUUUGCCUGGUGCCGCGUGCAUCGACAACACUUGUGUACCGAUAGCCAGCUCUGACAGCUGCAACCCUGGCUGCUCAAUGAGCGAGGCGUGCAUCGGUGGCACUUGUAUCCCUAUAGAUCCCAGAGACAAGUGCCGGCCGCGCUGUUUUGGUGGAGCUGCCUGUCUCAACGGUGUCUGCGUUCCCACUCGCGGCGCUGGCGCAUGCUCGCAGACUUGUGUCGAGGGCAGCGUCUGCUUUGGAGGCGAGUGUCAGCCUAUCCAAACACCCAAGGAGUGCGCACCCAACUGUGCUCGUGGAUCCGUCUGCAUUGCAGGGUUCUGCCAGCCGAUUCAGGCCCCCAUCGACUGUGGUCUUCGUGGCCGCAACUGCCCGCUCGACACGAACUGCCUGGCUGGCAACUGUGUGCCGAUCAGAGAUCCCAAUUCGUGCACCGAUGACGGCGAGCCUUGCCCGAGCAACCACCGUUGUGUUCAGGGACAGUGCGUUCCCACGCGUGUUAGCGGCUGCAACCCCGCCUGCGAGUCUGAGACGGAGCUCUGUGUGGAUGGCGUCUGUUCUGCCAUCAAGGAUCCCUCUUCCUGCGGCUCAGGAGGCGGCCAGUGUCUGCCGGGUCACAUGUGUGCAGGUGAGCAGUGUUUGCCUAUCAUCGGAUCAACUGGCUGCACUUCCAAGGGCCGAGACUGCGAAGAUGGCUUCGUCUGUGUAGCAAAGAACUGUGUGCCCGUUUCGUCGUCCAACGACUGCGGUGAGGGAGGCACUCAAUGCUCCGAUGGCGAACUUUGCCUCGCUGGCCGCUGCACGGCGCAAGCACGGCCGGACCCAUCUGCUGGGUGUACCGAUCCAGCAUGCAAAACGGGCGAGAUCUGUAUCGACGGAUCUUGCACUACACUGACAGACCCUGCGGCUUGCGGACCUUCGAGUGCGCCUUGCCCUGCCGGCACCUUCUGCCUGGGCGAUGUCUGCACACGCCUUGGCGAUCCCACCGACUGUGAUCGCAACGGCCUCACUUGCGAUGCGGGUGCCAUCUGCGCGGCAGGCACUUGUGUCCCCGCCCAGUCGCCGACCAACUGUGGUGGCCCAGGUCAAAUCUGCCCUGCCGGCCAGCAGUGUUUCGCUGGUCAAUGUCUGCAGUUCCAGGACGCCAAGGGUUGCGGCACCGGCAUUGCCUGCGGAACCGGCCAGCAGUGUAUACACGGAACCUGUGUGUCCAUCGGCGUCACACAAGACUGUGGCAACACCGGAGCGCCAUGCAAGGCCACCGAGAACUGUGUCGAGGGCUCGUGCCGACUCUUGCCUGUUACAGGAGCUUGCGGUACCACUGGAGGACCUUGCCCUGUCGGAAACAAAUGUGUUGCUGGCGCCUGCGUGCUGCCCUUCGGAUCCUGUGCUGGUGGUGCUUCUGGGACUACUUGCAGUGCCGGGCGCAUCUGUCUCAACGGUGGUUGUGUUGCCGUUGAUGAUCCUGAUGGUGACUGCGGCAGCACCGGAGGGCCGUGUCCCGUCUCCUCAUUCUGUGCGAGCGGCGUGUGCGUCGGCAUUGCCGGACCCAACGAUAACUGUGGAGCCACCGGUGCUCCGUGUGCCGCCGGAUCUGUCUGUAUCGACGGCAGCUGCACGGAGGCUACGGGCCCAGAGACACCGUGCGGGCAGACCAACGAGCCCUGCUCCCGCGGCGCCACCUGUGUCGGCGGCGCUUGCUUGCCGGGAGCGGGAGACGGAGACAAUUGCGGCGACACUGGAGGCCCUUGCGAGAACGGCCUGUCUUGCAUUGCCGGCGUGUGCUUCGGCAAUGUGAGCGAAGUACCAAGUACCGGAGCUGACCUGCCUGCGGGUGGAGGAGACCAGCCUAUUCCAGGAGGAGACCAAUCUACCCCCGGAGGAGGCCAAACUGUGCCUGGAACAGACCAAGCUAUUCCUGGAGGAGACCAAGCUAUUCCUGGAGGAGACCAAGCUAUUCCUGGAGGAGACCAAGCUCUCCCAGGCCCCGUAGACGGCAUCACCAAGCCCGUCAUUCCCGGGGACGGCAGUCAGCCGAUUGGGAGCCCCGACCUCCCUAUUGUUGCUGAUCCAAACAACCCGACGACCGGCGGCGGUGGUGUUUCCGUUCCUCCCGCUACUGGUUCCACGCCGCCUGUUAACACGUGUGGCCCUGCCGGACAGCGCUGUGCUGCGGGACUACUCUGCAUCGAGGACAGAUGUGUCGUCUCACGCGGCCCCGAUGACUUCUGUGGCACCUCGGGUCAGGUUUGCCCAUCUGGCAGCCUUUGCGUGUCAGGAGCGUGCUCGGCCAUUGCUGGGCCUUCUGAUAACUGUGGUAACAGGGGAGCUCCGUGCUCCGCAGGUCAGUUCUGUGCGGGAGAUUCAUGCCUCGCCAUCGGGGCGCCCACUGACGUCUGCGGCCCCCUCGGCCGUGUGUGUCCUGCCGGUCAGCUUUGCAUGGCUGAUCAGUGCGUUCCGAUUGAGGCCCAAGGUGCUGUCUGUGGUAGCACGGGGAGCCCUUGCUCCUCGGGUCUGACCUGCGUUCGUGGAGCAUGCAUCACGACCCCCGAGGGAACUGGCUGCGGCGAGGGAGGCGCGGCCUGUGCCAACGGCUUUGUCUGUGAGAAUGAUCAGUGCAUCAUCUCCCCGAAGGAUACCUGUGGCCCUGGUCGCGGGCCCUGCCAUGAUGGUCUCGUCUGUCAUGACGGUGUUUGCACGCCGACGGGCUUGCCCAUCGGCGGAUGCGAAGGACUGAACACGCCCUGUGCGUCUGGUCUCAUUUGCGUGUCUGACGUUUGCGUCGUGGACCCUGACCCAUCGACAUGUUCUGGCGCCGUUUGUGGUACAGGUGAGCUUUGCGUUCAUGGCCUCUGCAUCGACAUUCUCAAUGAUGCCCUGCACUGCGGCGCCAAGGACACGCCUUGCCCUCCGAACAACAUUUGCCGCUCCGGUACCUGUGCUCCGUCCCCCACUGCUUUGUGUGGCGACACAACGUGCGACAGCCAGCUUCAAGUCUGUGUUGAAAAUGUCUGCCUCGCCCUCUCGACAGAUCUCAACAACUGCGGUGCUGCUGGCACAACUUGCCAAGCAGGCCAGACGUGCAUUUCGGGCCAGUGCUCUGACCCGGCAGCACCCACGGGGUGCGGCGGCGACGUCUGCGGAGCUGGCGAGCUGUGUGUUGAAGGUACAAUCUGCGUCAACUUGGCGACGGACAACAAGAAUUGCGGCAGCGCUGGCACAGCGUGCUCCAACGACCAAGUCUGCGUUUCUGGCGUGUGCACUGCCCUGACAUCCCCCGUCUGCGGUCAGACCAACUGCGCCGAAGGCCAGAUCUGCUCGUCUGCCACCUGCCUGGACGUGUUCACCGACGCGGCAAAUUGUGGCGCCGAGGGCAGGGCCUGUGAGCCGUCUGGCUCGACUUGCGUUGCCGGCAAGUGUGUGCCUCCUGUUCUCGGACAGUGCGGCGGCACGACGUGCGCGGCCUUUGAAUCCUGCCGCGACGGGACCUGCUACGAUCAUCUCGGCGACGUCAACAACUGCGGUGGCUUGGGCCAGUCUUGUUCGGGCACUUGUGUGUCUGGAAACUGUGUGCCCCUGCCUGCGGUUGAGCCGAAUCAACCUCGUCAAAUCACCGACACGCUGAAUCAGGUCGUCAACGACGCUCUCGGACCCAGCGGCCUCGUUCCAAGUCUCCUCGAUAACAUUGGCAAGGGACAGACGAGCAACCUCGUCCCUGACAUCAUCAAGGGUGUCUUGGGUGACGGAACCUCUGCUGGCGGCGGUCUCCUUCCUGGCAUACUGGACAAACUCGUCAACCAGGGCGCUAUUCCUCCAGCGACUGUCACUGAUCUCAUCGGACCCAACGGUUCGCUUCCUCCGCUCGUAGACAGUCUCCAGGAUAGCAUCGCCAAGGACAGCACCGGCAACAUUACCAACACUGUGCUGCCGCCUCUUCUAGGGGGCCUUAUUGGCAACGGCACUACCGAAGGCGGUGGUCUCAUCCCAGGCCUUCUCGACGAUAUCAGCAAGGGAAAUCUCGGCAAUGUCUUGCCUGGCCUCAUCGACGGCUUGAUCGGCAGUGGCACACCCGGACAGGGCACCGUUGGUAUCCUCCCGCCGCUCAUCACCGAAAUCCUUGGCCCUACUGCGGAGAACCCACUUGCAAACAUCGGCACUGUCGUCCCCGGAGGCCUGGGCGCUGCUAUCGGCAACGUCACGACGCCAGAGCAGCUUCAGGAGGUCCUCCCUGGUGCUGUCGGAGACUUGCUCAACGGAACUCUGCCCGAAGAUGUCGUGAACAGCGUCAUCGGUGGACUUGACAACAACACCGUUACCAUUCCCAACACCGGCACUGUCCCUGCGACCAACCUCCCCGGGGAUGCAGUCGGCGGGCUUCUGGAUGGACUCCUUAACAACGCGACUUCGCCUGACGUUCCCAACAUUCCAGCCGCCUCUGGCCCCCUCAUCGACUCUCUGCUCAAUGGCAAGCCUCCGGUGAACACCCUCCCUGUCAUCCCCGGCGGAUCUACAGGAGAACUCCCCGUCGUCGGCGGGCUUGUAGAAAACGGAACGCUGCCUGCCAACAUCACUGGCGAUACUGUAGUGGGCGCCAUAAUUGGUGGUCUGCUUAAUAAUGGCACGGUGCUGCCAGGCUCGCCGACGGCUGAGCUCCUUGAUGGCCUGACGGGCGGUCUCACGGGCAACAACGCCUCCGUGCCCGACACGCCUGCUGGUAAUCUUGGAUCAACCCUCGGCGGGCUCAUCAACACGACUGCGCCCAUAGGCUCGGCAGCCGGCGACCUCCUGACAGGCUUGAUCGGCGGCGUCACUGGAAACAAUACGGACAUCAUUCCCAAGAACCCCGCAGGUGCCGUCGGUACCAUUGUCGGCGAUCUCAUCAAGAACGGCACAACGCUGCCGGGCACGCCCCUUGGUGACGCCCUCGGUGGUAUCACUGGCCCGAACCCUCCUACAGGCAACGAGCUGGGCGAUGUUCUCGAUGGUCUCCUUCCCAACGGCCCACCUGCCGGUAUUCCGGCAAUUCCCACGACCGAGGAACUCGAAGGCCUCGUCGAGGGUCUCAAGCCCGUGGUGACGGCACCUGGGGUUGUUCCUCCGUCAGGUGGAUUCAUUGGCGGUGUUAUUGGCGGCGUCCUGAACAACGGCACCGGUAUCGGCGCGCCCGAGCUUCCAUCCAUCGGCAUUAACCUGCCUACUUUGAUCGAUUCUACCCUGGGAGGCACCAACGUGACUGGCUCGGAUGUGCCCGGGCUCAAUGUUACUCUGCCUGCCAUUUUCGAUGGUCUUCUGACAAACGGCACCAUUGACCCUUCGCUGGGCGGUGCGCUGACCGAUAUUGUCGGCGGCACACUGAACAACACGGCGACUACCGGCCCCACUCUUCCGCUCAUCCCCGGCCUCCCCGGAACCACCCUUCCGGGUCUUCCGGCCGCUGGAGGUUUGGUCCCCGGUGUGCUCGGCAGUCUUCCUAGCGAGGAAAUCGGUGAUCUCCUGACUCCUGUUGUUGGCACUGGAGAUGGCCUGAUUCCCAAGCUCAUUGACAAUGUCAAGAACGGUGCGACCGACACGAUCAUUCCAGAUCUCAUCAGGGAUGCGCUAGGUGACGGCACGCCUACCAGCGGCGGUCUCAUUCCUAACAUUGUCGGCAACCUGCAGAAUGGCACGCUGGACAAGGUCUUGCCAGAUGUUGCCAAGGAUCUCCUGGGCGCCAAUGCGACCCUUGCUACCAACUUGACCAGUGGUUCUCCAUCAGACAUCCUGCCCGGCCUGCUGAACGAUAUCUUCGGCAACGGCACUGCCGGCUCGGGACUGAUCCCCACAGUCAUUGGGCAGGUUCAGAACGGGUCAGUCGAGGCUAUCCUGCCCGGCCUCGUCAACGGUGCGCUUGGUAGUGGUAGCCCCACGGGUGCUCUGCCGGGGUUCGUCAACGAGGUUCUCGGAGGAAACGCGACGGCCGGUCUUGGAACCAUCCUCCCAGAUCUCGGAACCCAUCUGCCGGAGCUGAUAAAUGAGAGCAAUGGAGGCAUAAGCCUGGUCAUUCCCCAGCUUCCUAGUGGUGGAAACGGUACUGGAAACGGCAGCGGCGUUGGCAUCAUCAUCCCCACCCUUCCCGGUGGCAAUGGAGCCGGCGGCGCCGGGCCUUGUCAUUCCUGA